UCCCUCACCACCCUCCAGGAACGGCACAAACCCACACCCUGCUCCUUCAUCCGGGUGGCUGACACUAAUCCUGGGACUGUUCCAGCCUAAAGCUCCUCCUGCCUGUGACCUGAGAUCCCAGCCACCCUCUGCCAUGAAAAUCCUUCCUUUCCUCCUUGUUCUCUUCUUGGUGGCAUUUCAGGGAGCUGCAGAGCUGCGACUCUGCUGGAGACUCCCAGGCAUGCGGAUCCUGCCUGUCCUCUGUGCUCUGCUCCUCCUGAUGCUCCGGGGAGUGACAGGGCUGUCCCCGGUCCGAGCAUCAGCCCAGGACUGCGAGCGCCGCGGGGGAUUCUGCUCCCACCGCUCCUGCCCGCCGGGGAUCGGCCGCAUCGGCCUCUGCUCCGAGCAGGAAUUCUGCUGUCGGAUGCGGUGGUAUCCCUGAGGGGCUCCCGGCUCCCCGAGAAGCACACCAGCCCCCUGGUCGGGACGAUGCUGCCUGGAGGCACCAAGCACUGCCAGGAGCAGCAGCAGCCCUGCACAGCCAGACCUGGAUCCCAAGGGAAUCCCAUCCCCCA